GACUGUUCCGCGGUAGAGAGGGGAGGAGUCUGAGUCAGAUUUUGCUUCACUCUUCAGUGACAGUACCUCGGCUUACCGGCAUUUCUCACGACUCCAGCAUUCCCACCGCAACUAAACCAUGAAAAUCUGGACUUCAGAGCACACAUUCAAUCAUCCUUGGGAGACUGUGACCAAGGCUGCCAUGCAGAAGUAUCCGAACCCUAUGAAUCCCUCUGUGAAAGGAGUGGACGUUUUGGAUAGAAGUGUGGACAAACACGGUUGCCUCCACAGUAAAAGACUGCUCAGCACAGAGUGGGGUCUUCCAUCUAUUGUGAAAUCUCUCAUCGGCAAUGCAAGAACAUACACCUACAUUCAGGAGCAUUCAGUCGUGGACCCCAAACAGAAAACAUUUGAACUUCAGUCCACAAAUAUCACGUUGACAAAUAUGGUUUCUGUGGAUGAGAGGUUAACGUAUAAACCACACCCUGAGAAUCCAGAGAAAACAAUACUGACCCAGGAGGCGAUCAUCUCUGUGAAAGGCGUCAGCCUCAGCAGUUACUUAGAAGGACUCAUGGCCAGCACAAUCUCUUCUAAUGCCGGAAAGGGCCGUGAAGCCAUGGAGUGGGUCAUCAGGCAACUGAAUGCUGAAAUUGAAGAGUUGGCAGCUACAGCCCGUGGGACCAUAUGCACACCGAUAGUUGCUGCAGUCAUUGAGAAAUGACAACUACCUCAACUGUUCAGUGGAGUUGAAGACGGACUACACACUAGUCCCAACAGCCUCUCUUUAUGAUGUUGUGGUGCUGUGCAUCUUUGUAUGAUUGAAUACCUUCCUCGUGUAUACUAACCUGCCUACUGUAGAUAUGGGUUUUUGACAACCCGAUACUGUUUAGGGAUUUUUUUUUUCAAGGAGAUGCUGGUCGGCAGGACCACAGCGAUGAAACGCACAAGGGGCGGGAUGUGUGUGGGUGGUGCACUCAGGGAUACUUUUGAACAACUGUGGUGCGUCAGGAAACUGGCAGCAUGGACAGACAUGCAUCAGACUCUCUGGUUGAACUUAAAGCAUGUGCACGGUGCCAAAGGAGAUGUGGCACUUCCCAUUCAGCCUCUUACACAAAGAAAAUGUCCUGACUGCUUUUCCAUCCACCACAAGACCUUCAGAAUAUCAGGUGGUCACUCCAGUGAUGUAACAGCGAAUGGAAAAAGAACAGUUGUUUGUUGUGAUAAAGAGCACAACAGUGACGCAGAGGAGUUCACCUGUGACAACACAAUGGUAGCAGUGAGUGCACUGCAUAUGGUAGUGGUUUCAGAUGUCAGAGUAAACAGUUGCUAUGGCACAAUAGUUGACAUUUCAAUGUCAACGGGACGUGUCAAAGUCAAGUCAUUUGUGGCCAUCUCUUCUGCAGAAAUUUCUUGUGGGACCUGUGUAGUAACGAGACACUGUACCAGCCAUGUUCAAGAACAAGCCAAUGCAAUACUUUAUUUUUUUUAGUAUCUUAUAAAGUAUUUAAAUACAAUGAAGGGAUCAAGGUACAUGCCAUAUUUAUGUUUAUGAAGACGAACAUUUUAAACACUGUAAUACAAACAACCAAAAUAGAAAAAAAAAACCUUUUCUUUAAAGAUGUUACGUUUGUUGGAACUAAGAGUUGAUAACUUUCCACUUUCUAACAUCUGCACUUACAAGUGACAUAUUUUAAAAAAGGAAAGCUGCUACACUUGCUGAGUAACUUAUUCAAUGUUGACGUUUGACAGAGAGUAAAUGUUAUUAUGUGUUUUUAUCAAAGUGGUGAAAGAAAAACUUUAUUUAAUAUGUGUUUGUUCUUCUGACCGAAAUAUCUGUUGGCAUUGAAGAGGUUUGUAGGAAGUGCACUGACUACAGAGAAGUGUAUCGACACAUACCUUGUUCCGGUGCCUGAAAAAAAAAGUUUUGUUCUCUUAAUCUCAAGAAUGUGGCAAAAAUAUAUAUAUUUAAAUCAAUUAGUGUAAUUUUUUUUUCUUUGAGAGAGGAAUUGGUUGAAUUGUUGCAUAGUUACUGUAGAAAGAAAAAAGCUAAUGCGUUCAGAAAACAAUUGCCCACAUUGGUGUGUUCAUGAUGAGUUGUUAUUAUAAAACGGUUAAAUAUUAAAGAUGUUUUUAAAACAGCAAAAACAUGUACAUCAUCAAGAAAACGAAUUCGGACUUGACAAAAUAGGUUCCAGGAUAAGAACGUGUUCAUAAAAUAUGUAAUGUGUCUAAAUAUAUAAUAUUGUAUAAUAAUACUAAAAAUAAUUUUCAGAAUGAAAUAAAAAUAACAUUUCCAAAA